CAAACCGUAUCAUAUCAUAUCAAAGAUGUUAUCAACAAAAAAUCAAACUCAAAUAUCAACUCAAGAUGGAAAACCAUUAGCAUCAUCUUCAAGUUCUUCAUCAAAUUCACAUUCAGACAACGAAGAACUCAAGCAAGAUGACCAAGAAGAAGAAGAAGAAGAAGAAGAAGAAGAAAAAGAAACCAAAGAGACCGAACCCAUCACCUUCGCCUCACUAGGAUUAAUCGAACCACUCUGUAAAGCCUGUGAAUCCUUAAACUUCAAAACGCCCACCCCAAUCCAAACCGAAUCAAUUCCCUACGCCCUACAAAACAAAGAUAUCAUUGGACUAGCACAAACCGGUUCAGGUAAGACAGCUGCCUUUGCUUUGCCUGUCUUACAAUCUCUUUGGGAUUCGCCUAGUGCUUUCUUUGCUUGUGUGUUGGCUCCUACUCGUGAAUUGGCUUAUCAGAUCAGUCAACAGUUUGAUGCGCUUGGAUCGACUAUUGGGGUUAAGACUGUGGUUAUUGUGGGUGGGAUGGAUAUGAUGAGUCAGGCUAUUGCUUUGUCUAAAAGGCCUCAUGUGAUUGUGGCUACUCCUGGUAGAUUACAUGAUCAUCUUGAACAUACCAAGGGGUUUAGUCUUAGGAACUUACAAUUCUUGAUUAUGGACGAAGCUGAUCGAUUAUUAGAUAUGGAUUUCGGACCAGUGAUAGAUAAGAUCCUAAAAGUGAUACCAAAAGAACGUAAAACGUACCUCUUCAGUGCAACCAUGACAACAAAAGUCGCCAAACUUCAAAGAGCAUCAUUAAACAAUCCAGUAAAAGUUGAAGUCUCAGCCAAGUAUGAUACAGUCUCAGCUUUAGUUCAAACGUAUCUUUUCUUACCUUUCAAACAUAAAGAUACUUAUUUAGUUUAUUUGGCCAACGAAUUGAGUGGGAAAAGUUUGAUUGUGUUUACGAGAACGGUUCAUGAUGCUUCUAGAUUAUCACUUAUACUAAGGACUCUAGGCUUUCCUGCUGUUCCGUUACAUGGUCAAUUAUCUCAAUCUGCUAGACUAGGAGCGUUGAAUAAAUUCAAAUCGGGUGAUCAGUCUCUACUCGUUGCUACAGAUGUGGCUUCACGUGGAUUAGAUAUUCCAGCAGUAGAUUGUGUGAUCAAUUUCGAUUUACCAACGAAUUCAAAAGAUUAUAUUCAUCGAGUUGGACGAACUGCAAGGGCUGGUAGAUCAGGUAAAUCGAUCACUUUGGUCACUCAGUAUGAUGUUGAAUUGUUACAGAGGAUUGAAGGAGUGAUUGGAAAGAAGAUGAACGAGUUUGAACAUCAAAAGGAACAGGUGAUGGUUUUGGGAGAAAGAGUGGGAGAAGCGGCGAGAGAAGUGGCAAGGGAAAUGAGAGAGAUUGAAAGGAAUGGAAAUAAGUUUAAUAGGAAAAGGAAGAGUGGUGAGAUGAAACCGAGCAAGAUCAAAAUGGUGAUCGAAGUGAGAUGGAUUCUUCAUCAGAGUUAG